CAGAAAUGCAAGUGCAAAUGAUGACCAAUAUUACGUCCUGGUCAACUAGAGUGCCAAGCUUGUAAGUUAGGUGAAUGCAGCUUGUCGAUCAUGAUCGACUGUCUGGAGAACCUGCGUGCAUAUCGGUGUUGGGAUGCACCAAAGAGCCAAUCACAAUUCUUUACACAAUUCUGGUGAACUCAGAAAGUGUUUCAGGCUGGUUUCAGGUGGCCGAUGCAGUCGAUGCAUCAUAGUGGGGCUCGCUCUCAGCUUCCCUGCCCCUCCUUCUUGCUCAACGUCUCCCAUUAACAGACGCCACCAACAAUAGCUGUAAGCUUUAGCACGCCUUUGCUUAGCUUCAGGACCGAUAGCUGACGGUUAAUAAGGACACAUCCCCUUCUCCCACCGACUCAUACCCAUUCCCAUCCAUUCCGCAGCAAGAUAUCCACACAGCAUCCAUCCCCUCGUCGAGUCUCGCACAUCACAAUGGUUGACCGCGCCAACCGUCCUUCCGCCCUGAACGCACCCAAGAGCUCCGGCCCCUCUGCACAAGUCGAUGUCGUCGGCGAGGGAGGUAGCCAGAAAGUUGUCGCAUCGUUGCCCUCUGGCGAGAGUGUGGAGGUGUACCUCUUUGGCGCCACCGUAACUAGCUGGAAGAGCAAUGGCGGAAAGACAGAGAACUUGUGGGUCAGCGAGGCUGCGGAUCUGACAGGAACGAAGCCUAUCAGAGGCGGUGUUCCUGUCGUAUUCCCGGUCUUCGGCCCUCCUCCCACAACCGGCCCCACCUCGAAGCUCUCUCAGCACGGAUUUGCGCGCAACUCACGCUGGGAAUAUCUGGGCAAGUCUUCUACAGAAGACGCACUAGACACCAGCUCCGUAAAGCUCGACUUCGGUCUUGACCGCAAUGGCGUCAGCGACGAGCACCGCAAAGCAUGGCCGCUGGACUUCGGUCUGGUGUACAGCGUCACAUUGAGCAAGGAUACGUUACAGACAGUCAUCACUGUACGCAACGAGGGUGACGAGAGCUUCGAGUUCCAAUUCCUGCUGCACACCUACUUCAGGGUCUCGGAUAUCUCCAAGGUCUCUGUCAACGGUCUCGGCAGCGUCGAAUACGUCGACAAGGUCCUCGACGCGACCUCGCACACACAAACAGAGCCUACGCUCAAGUUCAAUGGCGAAGUCGACCGCGUAUACAAGGACAUCAAGCUCGACACCACAAGUGUUCUGGAGGACGGCAAGCCGCGUUUCGAUAUCACCCGAGACAACGUCAAGGAUACUGUCACUUGGAACCCCUGGAUUGAGAAGGCGAAGGCCAUGGGCGACUUCGCGCCAAAGGACGGCUACAAGAACAUGGUCUGUGUCGAGGUCGGUGCUGUCAAUGGAUGGCAGAAGCUGGACAAGGGUGAGGUGUUCGAGGGUGGUAUGCUUGUCAAGAGCCACUUGUAGGAAUUCUCCGCAUAGAUCAGAGUAGGACUACAGCUGUUCCAUGCCGCUACUGUAGCACUUGGAUCGCUUAAUGACAGCCAUGAAUGACAUAAACGACCCAACAA